GGCCUCCGAGAAACAACUCUCAAUGUUGUCCCUCGCUUGUGUCGUUCUCAUGCUCGUGCAAGAAAUGUCUUGUCUUGCUUCAACACGAAGCUCUUCUAAAAUGGAAGUGGAGGCACUCCUAAAAUGGAAGUCUAGGCUAGACAACAAGAGCCACUCUACUUUGUCUUCGUGGAACGGAAGCAGCCCUUGCUCAUGGCGCGGAAUCAUUUGUGAUUCUUUCGGGAGUGUUGCCAGCUUGAACCUUUCGCAUUCUGCCAUAGACGGUACGCUUCAACAUCUCAAUUUCUCCCAUUUACCCAACUUGGUCGUCCUUGAGCUUACCAACAACUCACUCUUCGGAAACAUCCCUCCGAGCAUUGGCGAUCUUUCCAAGCUUACUUAUAUUAACUGUUCUCAAAAUAGCUUUUCGGGAAACAUUCCAACUCAACUUGGGUCAUUGCGCUCUUUACAAAUUCUCGUGUUUAAUGAUAAUAAGUUCACCGGUCCAAUUCCUUCUUCCAUGGGAAACAUGAGCAGCUUGUGGAACUUGGAUCUUUCAAGUAAUGAUCUCAACGGAUCCAUCCCUACAGCUCUAGGAAAUCUGAGUACAUUACAAUAUCUUUUCCUCUAUGGCAACCAACUUUCUGGGCCCAUACCUUUAGAAAUUGGAGGAAUGAGAUCCCUAACCAAAUUGCAACUUUUAGGCAAUAAUUUAACAGGUCCUAUCCCGUCAUCCAUAGGCAACUUGACCAAUCUAUCUGAUCUUCGCCUUUUCAAAAAUAUGUUAUCGGGUCCUAUCCCAUCCUCCAUAGGUAAGUUAAUUAAUUUGAAUCAUCUUUCCCUUUAUCAAAAUAUGUUAUCGGGUCCGAUCCCAUCCUCCAUAGGUAAGUUAAUUAAUUUGAAUUAUCUUUCCUUUUAUCAAAAUAUGUUAUCAGGUCCUAUCCCAUCCUCCAUAGGUAAGUUAAUUAAUUUGAAUCAUCUUUCCCUUUAUCAAAAUAUGUUAUCGGGUCCUAUCCCAUCAUCCAUAGGCAACUUGACCAAUCUAUCUUACCUUCUCCUUUUCCAAAAUAUGUUAUCGGGUCCUAUCCCAUCCUCCAUAGGCAACUUGACCAAUCUAUCUUACCUUGACCUUAUCGAAAAUAUGUUAUCGGGUCUUAUCCCAUCCUCCAUAGGUAAGUUAAUUAAUUUGAAAAGUCUUUCCCUUUUCCGAAAUGAAAUGUCAGGCUUUCUUCCCACCGAGAUGAAUAAUCUCACAUCCUUCACAGUCUUACAGCUAAGUGAUAACAAGUUUGUUGGCCAAUUGCCACCAGAAAUAUGCGGUAAGCAAGCUCUUGUGUAUUUUUCCGCAGCAAACAAUCACUUCACUGGACCCAUCCCAAGAAGCCUGAAAAAUUGUUCAAGUUUGUAUAGAGUUAGGCUCCAAAACAACUUGCUCAAGGGAGAUAUAACCGAUGCUCUUGGUGUGUACCCCUCCUUAAAUUACCUUGAGUUGAGCAACAAUGAACUUUACGGUGAGCUACCACCAACAUUAAGUCAAUGUAGAAAUUUGACGAGCUUUGAGAUCUCCAACAAUAAAAUCUCCGGUGCCAUACCACCUCAGCUCGGAAACAUGACUCAAUUGCAAAGACUUGACCUCUCUUCAAAUGACAUCAUCGGGGAAAUUCCUAAAGACCUAGGAAAAUUGAAGUUGCUGCAAGAGCUUUUUUUGGACUACAACCUUCUUGUAGGACACAUCCCUCAAGAACUUGGAGCAUUGUCUAAUCUAGAGAAACUCAACAUUGCAAAAAACAACUUGAGUGGCUCAAUUCCUACCCAACUUGGGGAGAACUCCAACCUUUUGUUCUUAAAUUUAAGCGGGAAUAAUCUUGAAAAGAGUAUUCCCAUCGAGAUUGGGAAUCUUCAAUAUCUUCAACAUCUUCAACAUCUCGAUCUGAGUCGAAAUUUGCUCACGGGAGAAAUACCCAAACAAUUCGGGCUAUUGCACAUAUUAGAAAUACUCAAUCUCUCACACAAUCAACUAUCCGGUUCAAUUAUGUCGACCUUUCGUGAUAUGACAAGCUUGACAUCCAUCGACAUAUCGUAUAAUGAGUUAGAGGGUCCUUUACCAAACAUUCCAGCCUUUCGCAACGCUACAAUUGGAGUCGUGAGAGGAAACAAAGGCUUCUGUGGAGUUAUUACUGGUCUCAACCCCUGUACAGCAACAACGUUAAAAGGCAAAAACAAAAACAAAAAGUUGUUUUUGGUUUUGAUUCCUACUUUGGGUUGCCUACUUUCUUUACUUCUUGUUGUGGGAGCUUUAAGUAUUGGAUGCCGAAGAAUAAGGAAAACAAAUGCUAGUUCAGCUGAUGAAAGCAAUGAAAACCCAUGGGCAAUAUGGAGCUUUGAUGGAAGAAUGAUUUAUGAGAGCAUUAUUGAAGCCACAGAGGAGUUUGAUGCCAAAUAUUGUAUUGGUGAGGGAGGAUAUGGGAGGGUUUACAAGGUCCAGUUGCAAACAGGUGAAACUAUUGUUGUAAAGAAACUUAAGGAAGUAGUUGACGUAGAAAUGGCCGGUCAAAAAGCAUUUGAAAGGGAGAUUCAUGCUCUGACCGAAACUCGGCAUCGAAAUAUCAUCAAGCUCUAUGGAUUUUGCUCGAGUUCUCGACAUUCAUUUUUGGUGUACGAGUUCUUGGAAUCAGGCAGCUUGAAGGAUGUAUUGAACAAUGAAGAGAGGAUCGCAACAUUUGAUUGGAAUAAAAGAGUGAAUGUUGUUAAAGGUGUGGCCUAUGCUUUGUCCUACAUGCACCAUGAAUGCUCACCCCCAAUAAUUCAUCGAGACGUAUCAAGCAAGAACGUUUUAUUGGAUAAAGAAUAUGAAGCUCACGUCUCUGAUUUUGGCACAGCUAAAGUUCUACAACCUUAUUCAUCCAAUUGGACUUCCUUUGUAGGCACCUUUGGAUAUGCAGCUCCAGAACUCGCAUACACAAUGGAAGUGAAUGAGCAAUGCGAUAUUUACAGCUUCGGAGUGGUAACAUUGGAAGUAAUUAUGGGAUGCCAUCCAGGCGAUCUCAUUUUUUCUCUCAUGUCCACAUCUUCAUCACCAUCAAGCAAUUCAAUAAUUUCUUGGCCAAUGAAGGAAGUUUUAGAUCAAAGAGUUCCAUUCCCCAAAGGUAAGGUGUUAGGCGAAGUGGCUUUGGUGACAAAGAUGGCAUUUUUGUGCUUAAAUCCCAAACCAGAGUAUCGUCCAACCAUGCAACAAGUUUCUCGGGCAAUAUCAUCGCAAAGCUCGAUCAUGUUAAGCCUAUCAAAGGACAUCAAAUUGGAAGAACUAAUUGAUCCUAAAUGCUUCACUUAUUGAGAUACUUCAGUCUUUCUAUUGUGUAGCAAGCCAUCUCCUAUACUUUAUUAUCUUGGUUAAUUC